AUGAAGUUCACCGCCGUGCUAGCUCUCCUCCCUCUUGCCGCCUCCGCAUGGGAGGUUACGACCGGUUACUGGAAGAGUUCCGAGACCGAUGUCUGCGCCAAAGCCUUCCUACCUAAAGGUUUUCAUGUCACCAUCAAUGAACUUCUUCCUAGCCAAAAAGUGUUCUUCUUCUCAGAUGAUGAGUGUGAGGACUUGGAGUUUUCUGUUGACGAGGCGGGUACCCUGAAGCUUGAGAGCCGGAGCGAGUAG